AUGGCUUCCCCUUCCAAUAAGCCUCAUGCAGUUUGUCUUCCUUUGCCAGCUCAAAGCCAUAUAAAGGCAAUGCUCAAAUUAGCAAAACUUCUCCGCCAUAGAGGCUUUCACAUAACCUUUGUCAACACAGAGUUCAACCACAGGCGAUUUCUUAAAUCCCUUGGACCUAAUUCCCUUGAUGGCCUGCCUGAUUUUCGAUUUGAAACCAUUCCAGACGGCCUUCCAGAAUCAGAUGAAGAUGCCACCCAAGACUCCACUUUGCUUUGUGAGUCGUUCAGAAAUUUCUUGCUCUUGGCUCUGUUUCUUGAGCUCCUCGUAAAACUCAUUGAGACGGCAAGUAGUGUUCCUCCGGUGACUUGCAUAGUUUCAGACGGUUUCUUGUCCAUGUUCACAAUCACAGCAGCUGAAGAACUUGGAAUCCCUAUCACACUGUUUUACACUGUUGCUGCAAGCAGCUUCAUGGGCUUUAAACAGUAUCGCACUUUGAUGGAAAAAGGACUUGCCCCACUCAAAGGUGAAUGA